AUGCUUCAAAUAUUUCUACUGAUAUGUACAACUUUACUGUAUGAUAAAUGUAACACUAAUCCAAAUCCUAGUUCCAGUAAUGAUCAUGUUUCCUGUGAAUUGUUUGCUUCCAAUUUUGCAAUAAAACUUGUUCCAAACGUUAGUAAACUUCUUGUAUGGAUAUCUACAUUAUAUCAAAUAUUAUAUCUUAUACUUCAAUCAUCUUCACCAACUUCAAUUCCAACAUUUUUUCCACAAAUGUCAGAACUUACUGAUCCCUUACCAUUGACACUAGUUUCUAUGCUCGGUUACAUGUUAAUGAUCAUUGGAGGAUUGGGACGGGUUUGGUGUUUUAAAACGUUAGGAAGAUUUUUUACCUUUGAAGUAACUAUUCGUGAUUCUCAUAAGUUAAUUAAGACCGGUCCAUAUGCUUAUGUACGUCAUCUAUCGUAUACAUUUGCUAUAAUUUUAAUAACUGGAAUGUGUCUGAUCCAUCAACAAUUAGGAGACUUGUUUCCUGAAACAUAUUGGACAAAUAUUAUCUUUGCUCCUCUCUCAUUUUUCCCUCGACUGUAAGGAGGGUCAUGUCGAAAAAAAGUGGUCAAAAAACGGAAAUUCGUUUGUUUGUGUGUGUGUGUGUGUGUGUGUGUGUCUGUCGCAGGUCAAAGGUCAAAGGUCAAAUGGCUAUUUUUCUAGAAUUGUUCAAAACUUCAUGAAACAUGGUUUUGAAGGAGUCUUGAGGCUGGGACUUGGGUGAGGGGGAGUGUGUGAGGUCGGGUCAAAAGAACAUCACAUCCGGGGUCAAAGGUCAAAAAAACAUUUUCUGCAAAAACGCUCAAAACUUCAUGAAACAUGGUUUGGGAGGGUGGUUGAGGAUAGAUGUUGGCAGGGUGGGGGGGGGGUGGGGGCGAGGGUCGAGGGGCAAAGGUGAAAAAACAGUUUGUCCAAAAACGCUCAAAAGUUCAUAAAACGU